AUGGCAUUCCGGUUGUCGAAGAGUGUGAUCCACACAUUCCCAGCUGCAAAAGACUUUGACAAGAAUCCCUACGUUUUCGACGUCUGCAACAACACACAGGGAUUGCUGGUCUACGACGAGCAGACGCUCUCCUGCUCCAUCCAGCUGGGAGGACAUGCUGCUGCAGUCAACGACAUACACUUCUCCCUUCUCUCCCCGCACCUACUUUACAGCUCCUCCUCUGACGGGACUGUCAAAGUGUGGGACAUGCGCAGUCCUCAUGCUCCGGUCAGCAGCAUCAGCUCGGGGGGUAAACCCUUCUGGUCUGCCCAUCUCAACAGCGACGAAACGAUGAUGUCGACAGGCUGCGGGCGACUUGUGAGGGUCUACGAUAUGAGGACUCAGAAGCUCUUCCGCAACUACUCGGAUGUUCACACCGAGGAUGUAACGCAGGUCCGCUGUCACCCAACCCUGCCUUCCAUCACCGUGAGCGGAGGAGAGGAUGGGCUCAUAUGCGUCUCCAACCACCAGCCGGAGGACGAGGACGACAGCCUCGAAGCCGUUUUCAACGUCGAGGUCGCCAUAUCGAGGAUCGGCUUCUGCGGGAACCUUGCCCAGCAGGUCUACUGCACAACCAACAUACACAGCUUGCAGGUGAUGUGGGAUGUCGGCAAGGAGAAGCUCCUUGUCAACGUGGAGGACAUGAGGGGAGCGUUGCAGUCAACGUCGCCUCACCCUGUCGACUAUCUGGUUGACUGUAAAUAUCAACGGAGCACAGAUACGCUUCAUCUCUUCACGGGCUCCGAGUCAGGGCAUCUCAGCAUGUGGCGCUUGAGCUCCGAUGGGCCGCAGUUGGAGGCCUGCAUGCAAGACAAGGAAGGGCAUGUAGCGAUCGUUCGGGGAGUUUGUUGCGAUUUUGAGAAAUCGAUCAUUUGGAGCGGGGGUGAAGAUUGCAAGGUCUGUAUGUGGAAGCAUGACGCUAAUUCUUCGCUCCCUCCCAUCUCGACCGACAGAGCAGGAGGUGUAGGAAAGCAUGCGUGCGUGCGAAUUUCUGUCAAUAGAAUGCGAGAUACAGUUGAGGUGGAAGGGAGUGUUUGA